AUGGAACUCAACCGAGAACAUUUUUGCGCCAUAAUUUAUUACAACUUUCAGAGACAAUUAUCGCAACAAGAAUGCCUUGCUGAUCUUAGCGACGAUCCCAGGGUGGGUGCACCAAAAACGGCAGUCACCCAGGAAAACGUCGAUGCUGUGCGCAAACUCAUCAUUGAAGAUAGACAUGUGACAUAUCGCGAGAUUGAGGCGUCCUUGAAGAUCUCAAAGACCUUAAUUCAAAAAAAUUUACAUGAACAAUUAGGAGUAAGAAAAUUAGUUUCUCGUUGGAUACCCCACCUGUUGACUGAAGAGCAGAAAGCAGCCAGGGUUAAUUGGUGUCAAAAAACGCUUGACCAUUUCAAUUCCGGAAACUCAAAAAAUGUGUGCAGCAUUUUUAGUGGUGAUGAAUCGUGGAUUUACUGUGAAGAAAAGUCAACAAAAGUCAUCCGUUCUCGAAGUCGGGAUAUUGCAACAAUUCCUCUUAAUGAGCAAAGAACUGUUACUGCGGAUUGGUAUACCACCAUUUGUUUGCCAAAAGUCAUCACCGAGCUUCGGAAAAUCAACCCCGAAAGAAGAAUCAUCCUCCACCAAGACAAUGCAAGCUCGCACACAGCCCAAAAGACAAGGCAGUAUUUAACGGAAGAAAACGUGGAAUUAUUGGACCAUCCUCCAUAUAGUCUCGAUCUAAGUCCUAACUAUUUCUUUAACUGCGGUCAAAGGUUCCAGUCACCGGAAGAAGCAACUGACGCAUUCAAAAAUGCCGUUUUGGAUCUGCCAGCAAACGAGUGGAAUGAGUGCUUCGAAAAUUGGUUCGAACGCAUGCAGAUAACAGCAGAAAUAUUUAAUGAGCGACAUGAGAACAGUAACGUGCAUCGAAAAUAUGUACUUGAACUUGUAGCUAAAUUUCGGGAAACUGGGUCAGUCGCCAAUAAAAAACGCAACAUUGAAAAUCCCAUAAGGAUUCUAAAGGCCCAUAGCUUUCAUCCGUAUAAAAUUCACCUGGUACAAGAACUUAAUGAAGACGAUUUUGAUCGGCGAUUACAAUUUUGUGAAGAUAUGAACGCCAUAGAUCCUGCACUAACAGCCAUAAUUGAAAAUCAGAAUGAUCGGCGGUACAUUGCGAAUAGGUUGAUGUUCCAACAGGAUGGUGCCCCACCACAUUACGUUUUACGUGUUCGACAAUAUUUAGAUCAGACGUUUCCAGAUCGAUGGAUUGGUAGAAGAGGUGUCAAUGAAUGGCCCCCAAGAUCGCCAGAUUUAUCACCUUUGGAUUUCUUUAUGGACCUACCUGACGAGGUAAAUCGCAAGAUCAUCUAA